AUGUUGUGUCUUCGGGUAAAGGUGGCAGAGCGUGGUUACAGCUUUUUGCUGACUACAUUCAGCCCGUCUGGUAAACUUGUCCAAAUAGAAUAUGCUUUGGCUGCUGUAGCUGGAGGAGCUCCUUCAGUGGCAAUUAAAGCUGCAAGUGGCAUGGUCUUGGCAACUGAGAAGAAACAGAAAUCCAUUCUGUAUGAUGAGCGAAGUGUCCACAAAGUGGAACCAAUCACCAAGCAUAUAGGUUUGGUGUAUAGUGGCAUGGGCCCAGAUUACAGGGGACUUGUGCACAGAGCUCGAAAACUAGCUCAACAGUGCUAUCUCGUUUACCGAGAACCCAUUCCCACAGCUCGGCUGGUCCAGGGAGUAGCUUCCGUGAUAGAAUACACCCAGUCAAGUGGUGUUUGCCCAUUUGAAGUUUCUUUACUUAUCUGUGGUUGGAAUGAAGGAUGGCCAUAUUUAUUUCGGUCAGAUCCAUCUGGAGCUUACUUUGUCUGGAAAGCCACAGCAAUGGGAAAGAACUAUGUGAAUGGGAAAACUUUCCUUGAGAAAAGAUAUAAUGAAGAUCUGGAACUUGAAGAUGCCAUUCAUACAGUCAUAUUAACCCUAAAGGAAAGCUUUGAAGGGCAGAUGACAGAAGAUAAUAUAGAAGUUGGAAUCUGCAAUGAAGCUGGAUUUAGGAGGCUUACCCCAACUGAAGUUAAGGAUUAUUUGGCUGCCAUUGCAUAAUAAUGCAAAUAAUUAAGUGACUGAAAAUCCAGAAUUUCAGAUAACUUCUCUACUUAAACAUGUUUAAAGUAUGUUUUGUUUUGUAGACUUUUUGCGUACUUAUUUCUACAUGGUUUGAUGGACUGAUGUUUUUAAAAUGAGACUUACAAAACAUAAUAAACUCUUAAAUUAACUUCCAAAAAAGAAACUGUGGGAUAGACAUACAGUUAAAUAUUAUUCAGUCUUAGACAAAAAAGGAAAUUGUACUAUUUGUGGUAACAUGGAUGAACCUGGGAGAUAAUUGUACUAAGUGAGAUAAGUCAGUCACCGAAGGAUGAAUACUGUAUGAUUUCACUUAUAUGAGGUAUCCAGAAUAUUCAGUAGUCAGACUUACAGGUGCAGAAACAUUAUAGUGAUUGCCAGAGGA